AUGGACCUGCCCGAAACUAGUCGCCUGUACGGUGCGGCCAUCGCUGCAGCCAAGUCUGAAGGAUACCCAGACCCGAUGAAGCAGCGAUUUGUUCAGCUCCCAGACGUACUAGCAGCGUACAUAAAUCAGCUCGCGACGGCAAACAAGAGUCAGUGGCCUGCUGAGAAGCUACGCGCCGCGAUUAGCUGGCAUUACGCGAAGCCGGAAAUGCUUUCAGGUGGACACCCGCACGAUCGCUGGGUUAUUGAAACUCAAGCAGAUGGCUCGGUUGUGCUACACGGAAACCCCGCCCGAUCCGCAGCAAUUACGCAAAUCCUCGCAGGCCUAAGUAAAGCAAAAAAAAACGUGAAAGAACUCCUAAGCGCGCGUCACCUAUGUCGCUCGCAAUGCUAA